GAGAGAGAGCAUGUGUGACUGUUUACAGCUGGGACUAUCUGUUUAUGUCAACCUGACUGGCAGUGGAGUAGAUGUUUUUCCUCGCCUCUCUCGGAUUCUCUCUCCUCCGCGUAUCUGCUUGUAGGUUGCAGUCUUUCUUUACGCGAGACCCUCUUUGGCUGAGCUCGUAUCGUUUAUAAACCAAUUAUCUACGCCAAAUCCGUUCUGACAAAUUAUCUACAUAUCUGAGGUGGACUGUAAAAUAUACUCCUGUAUUGGGAGCGAGAGAAACCAGGCAUAAGAAUAUCCAACACACUCGUUUCCAAAUGGAUGGGAUGAAACCAGAAACGACGGCUGAGGAGAAUCAGGAUGAAAGGGAAGAAAGCAAAGGCUGCUUCGAGUGUUGCAUCAAGUGUCUGGGCGGUGUCCCCUACGCCUCUUUGGUGGCCACCAUCUUGUGCUUUUCGGGAGUGGCUCUGUUCUGCGGCUGUGGGCAUGUGGCACUGACGGGCACUGUGACCAUGGUGGAAAACCACUUUUCUCGCAUCACCUCUGACCAUGCUACUCUCACUGAUGUGGUUCAGAUUAUGCAGUACAUCAUCUAUGGAAUUGCUUGUUUCUUCUUCCUGUACGGCAUCAUCCUGUUGGCUGAGGGCUUUUACACAACCAGUGCUGUCAAAGAGAUGCACAGCGAGUUCAAGACCACUGUGUGUGGACGCUGCAUCAGUGCCAUGUUUGUGUUCCUCACCUACAUUCUGGGCUUGGGAUGGCUGGGUAUUUUUGGCUUUUCUGCAGUGCCCGUUUUCCUGUUUUAUAACAUGUGGACCACAUGUGGAGCCAUGAAGUCCCCUAUUGCCAAUCUCACCUCUGUGGACAACAUCUGUGUCGAUGUGCGGCAGUAUGGAAUUAUCCCUUGGAACGCUACUCCUGGUAAAGCCUGUGGCUCCACGCUAAGCGACAUCUGCAAUACUAGUGAGUUCUAUCUCUCCUACCAUCUUUAUAUUGUUGCCUGUGCUGGAGCUGGAGCAACUGUGAUUGCACUGAUCCACUACCUGAUGAUCCUGGCAGCAAACUGGGCCUAUCUCAAGGGACUGUGUCAGCAGACUCAUGCCUACCAGGACAUCAAAACCAGAGAUGAUCAAGAGCUGCAGGAUGUGCAGUCACACUCCAAGGAGGGUCUGAACUCCUCCUACUCAUAAACAGUUCUCCCAAUUCAGAUCUACCCCACCCACUGUUUAUCUAACCUGCUCAAAACCACACACACACACACGCACACACCUGCCACCCUCAAAUGAAACACUACGCAAACUAACACUGCUAAGCGCUGCGCUAUCCUGACUAUACAUCAUAAUAGUGUUAUAAGUUGGUUAUAAUCAUGAUGAAACAUGUCGGACAAGUUAUUGAACAUCUGUAACAAAUGAUGAGUGGAAUCAUGCAAUUGAUGUGUUUUGCUCGUCUACUUCAUGGUUCAUAUUACCACUGGUAUAAAAGUGUAUGUAUUCUAGUAUUGUACUGUCAUUUUGCUAGUAUUUUUGAAUUGGUAGAAAGUGUAUGUACAGUGUAGAGUCAUGGUUAUAACUAGGUUAUGUUUGGUUUUAUGAUGCAUUGUCUCGGUGAAGCGCUGCUUACAUGAUAGACUGUGUGCACUAACUCCUCACAGACAUUUUGCAGGAACUUCCUUUUUUGGUGUUUUAUACAAUAUAAAUAUAUCGAAAUGUGUGAAAGUGGAUGAAUGUUUUUUUUUUUUUCUUUUAUGGGUGUAUUGAAAAUUUCUGUUUAUCUAAAACCUUUCUCUGGUCUCUAUGGCUAUAUUACAUGUCUGAAUUCACCUCUUUUUCCAGUUCUCUUUAUUACUUUAUUUUUUGGAAGGGGUGGGGGACAGUACCGGUUAUUUACAAAUUGCACUAAUCUUGUAAUAGAAAGCAGGUAUAUUAACACACAUACAUUCACAUAUAGUUGAGGGAUGUUUAAAAGGACAUUUUCUCAAAGCUGUCAAGUAUCAUUAUUAAGUACUCAAACUCCAAAUGAUAUUCUGAAAACAGUAUCUAUGACCAAUAUAAUUCUGACAGAUAGAAA